AUGUCCCAUCAAGAUCUUGACCUGACCAGUAGACACGGACAUGACUUUACUUCAGCAAAUAGAGAUUAUUUCGACAAGGUGGCGGACAAGCAUGAUGACCGACCCCAGUCGCUUAAGCUCGCUCAGAGGCUAGCCCAGUCAAUUCAACGAGCGUACCCGUUUAAUGAAGAAUCGACAACAUUGUUGGAUUUCGCUUGCGGCGCAGGUCUGAUGUCCCGGCAGCUCGCACCGCACUGCAAGAGCAUCCUGGGCAUCGACAUAAGUCAAGGCAUGGUAGACCAGUAUAACACCCGUGUACAUAACCAAGGGAUACCUCCAGAAGACAUGAGAGCACUUUGUAUCGAGCUCAAGGGGGAAGAAGGCGAGCUUGAUGGAUCGAAGUUUGACGUCGUCCUGGCGAGUAAGGGCUACGGUGUGCAGUGUUCCAUGGCGUACCACCAUAUGCCUUUCCCCCAGGAAACGACCAAGCGUCUGGCUUUUUUCGUAAAGCCCGGCGGAAUCCUAUUGGUUACUGAUUACCAGGCCGAGGACGAUGCUACGGGCUUUCCUAAUACACAUGCUAAUAUCGUCGCGCAUAAAGCUGGUUUCAACGAAGAACAGAUGAAAGAGAUGUUUGACGGAGCCGGGCUGGGCGUGUUUUCCCUGGAAAAGAUCGUCUCGGCCAAGAUGCACGGGCAUGGUGUAAAAAUAUUCCUUGCGAAAGGAGAGAAGCCUUCGUUGCCUGUGUGA